AUUCGAUACUGUCGUGUGAAAAUGUGUGAAAUUGUUAACGUUACAAAAAAGAUUUUGUUUCGUUUGACUGUCUUUUUGUCUUGUCCCCUCCAUAAUUAACAAUGUUCUUCACUAACCCCAAGUCCAGUCAUUAUUACUAUUUAUAGAUACAGUACAACCUGAUUGCAAUUGUUCUUUCUCAUUUCAUUAUUGAUAAUUAUAUAUCUCCUUUUGGAGUUUAGUUUCCCCCCCACUCAGCCCACUGUUCACAUAUACCGCUCUCCGUGACACUUUUCUUGACCAAAAUUCUUCCCCUUUUUUUUUUUUGUGGGUUGUGUUUUGUUACUGUUUUUCUGAGAGAAGGAAAUGGAAGGUGGCGGUGGUGGUAGCUCUGGCAAGAGAGAAGAAGAGGCUGGACCUUCAUCAGCAAGUGGGGUUGCUGGCAGAGAAAGAAAGAAGCUUAGCGACCUCAUGAAUUGUGAAGAUGAAGAUGAUGAUGUACGCUUUGCUGUUGGUUCUGACAGUGAUGAUGAUGAUGAUGCUGCCCAGCAGCUCCAUAGUGAUCAUGAUGACGAGACUAGUUCUAGUUUUGUUCCAGGCCCUCUCCUUUCUCUCAAGGACCAGAUUGAAAAAGACCAGGAGGAUGAGAGCCUAAGGAGGUGGAAAGAAAAACUGCUCGGAUGUGUGGAAAGUGAUUUAAAUGGACAAAUGGAGCCUGAAGUGAAAUUUCAUUCAAUUGGAAUUAUAUCAUCGGACUUCAGGGAGAUUAAUACUCCAUUGCCUGUUGCUGAAGACCCGAACAAACCUGUCCUUUUUACUCUUAAGGAAGGUUCUGAGUUUCGCCUGAAACUAAAGUUCUCUGUUCUUCACAACAUUGUAUCUGGUUUGGCCUACACAAACACUGUUUGGAAGGGUGGAGUCCAAGUGGAUCGUAGCAAAGGAAUGCUAGGUACAUUUGCUCCUCAACGAGAACCAUACACACACUUGUUGGAGGAGGAAACCACUCCAUCUGGUGCACUUGCAAGAGGAAAAUAUUCUGCAAAGCUCAGGGUGGGUACAGUAAGAUUUGAUGAAUUCUAAACCGAUACUGCUAUUUCUACUUGGUCGGAACGAGCUAUUUUCGUCAUAGAUACUGUUGAAAGAUGACUUGUAUGCUGUUAGAUAACGUUUGAUUCUUGAGUAUUUUCCGCACGUGUGGGCCUCCCUAGCAAUUGGUUAUACAUUUAUGUUCUUUCAUCUUCCAGUUUUAACAUAACUGAUGGAUUGUUGUUUUGACCUUGCUGCAUUUCUCUUUCUUUGGUUCAGUUUGAAGAUGAUGAUAAAAGAUGUCAUAUGGAGCUCAGCUACUCCUUUGAGAUAAAGAAAAGUGUGUAGCAACUCCUCUCUGAAUCUGUGUGACUUCUAGAUAUUCUUUCGUUCGUGCUCGUUUUGAUCUCGUUAGCUCUUGUUUGAAAGAAACAUUGCCUUGUAACCUCCACCAAAGUGAGUGUUGUUUAGUUGGGCUCUAUCAUUAUUGUAAUUCUGGGAAGUGGAUUGUUCGUUUUCUUAAAUGCAAAAAUAGAAACUUCAGUUUGUUCGUUUUCUCAACAGUUGAAUCCCAUCCAAUAAUUCAUAUCAUAAUAUCACACCGAAUACAAGUCUGAGUAAAGCAGGCAAUGUGUGUGCUGUAAUUGGCAAGUUAAUGCAUGGCUCAUUUGUGAAAAUACAAAGAGAACAUUAUAUCAAGUCAUCCCAUUUUAGCAACAAGAUAUUUAUUGGUCUGUAAUCUGUGGUCGGUUUUUAGCAAGGA